GGGGCUGUGCCGACCGUGGGACCGCGAGCCCAGAGGAGGCUCCGGUACGGAGGCAGGGGGAGGCCUGGGCUCGGCAGCGUUCGGAGAAGGGAAUCCUGGCAUCCUGGGCCGGCUUCUCACUGAGGACCCGAGAAGUGACUUAGCCAAGCCCACCACCGCACCCGGGAGCUGGAUGGGCACCCUAGGCCCACAUCCUUCCCAGCGUUCGGCCGAUUCCUAACAUAAGGCGAUGCUUUCUCAGGGAUUGGAGCCGGGAGCCCCCCCGGGCGGUCGGGAGGCCUCUUGGGGUCCCGCCGAGGGUCCCUUCCGGCUGUGGGAUUUAGCAGAGGGAAGGAAGGCAGCCGCAAGAGCGGGGGGCGGCAGAGGGGACGUGGCCAGGACCUGUCCUCGGGCUGCAGAAGCACCGUCUCCCCCGGAGGCCCCUGGCCCGGAGACAUCGGGGUCUCUGCCCCAUAAUGCACCUCCCCCCCAGUGGCUAAUGCGUGAGUCCCUCCCUGAGAAGGAAGCGGGCACCCGGGCGCAUGGAGCAGCCCCUUCUCCCUCCCUCACCCUCAUGAUGGCUUUGCUCUCCGCGGCUCCAGAGCCCGAGUGAAAGGGACCUCUUCCACCUAGAAAGGCCCCCCGCAGGCGGGGCCGGGGCAGGCUGCGCGGGGGUGGCUCAGAAACCAGGACCCUGAAGCGCACAGGAAGAAGUUCCCUAUCCAGGGUCUCACAAUCUUAAGGGGCAGAGCUGGCCAGGUCCUCCCGGAGCGAGCCCGCUCCUUCCCACGUCUGCGAGUCGCCCCUUCCUGACUGUCCCUCAGACCCAGCUCACCCACACUCGCCCCCGAACCAGCCCCGACCACAAGCCCCCGCCCCCCGAGGAUGCGCCUGGGCCCAGGGCCACCGCGAUCCCGCCUCUUUCAUCCUUCGCCCCGAACCUAAAACCUUGGAAGAGAUCUCAGCCGCCAGCAGCUCGAACCUCCCCGGGCCGACCCGGCCGCCGGCUUAAUCCCACUCAAGCCCAGCCCUGAGCCCGAGCCCGGCCGCUCUCCGGCUGCUUCACCCUCGUCCUCGGAUGUGACUCAGCCCAACCCAAAGAGGCCGCCAUCAUGGUCCCGUCGGCGGCUCCCAGGAAACCCGGCCUCGUCCCGGAGCCUCCACACCUUGGGGCGCACACGGCCCCGGCCCUUCCGCCCCGCCCUGCAAAGGCCGGGGAGCACCCCUGACUCAGACCCCACGCUCAAGCCAAACCUGCUCUGUCGGACUCCCCAAGUCGGAAGGGGCCCCGACCUCCCCUGGGGCGUCCCCUGGAGCAGAGCCCGGGAUCCCCGGGAGGCUCCACGCCUGCACCCCACUCCCGGGACCGGAUUCCCCCCCCUUUCCACUUAAAGGCCCCCCCCAAUUUGGCUGCCCCCGCUCUCCCUCUGGAGGCCCCAGGGCAGGAGUGGGAGAGGUCACCAGGCUCCCCUUCACACCUCAAGACCAGAUUCACACGGAACAGGCAGGGAAACUGAGAAAGGGAUGGGGACAUACGAUGGCCAGAACCGAGGCCGGGAGAUGAGGGCCUCCUCCCUUCCGGCCCCCGAGGCUGCCCCCACUCGGCCACACUCGGGCAGCCCCGGACACUGGGGCCAGACGGCUCUCAGCUAACGCUCCCCCGUGGCCACAGACACAAAGGGGUACAGAGGCUCACGCUCACACACACUCACACUCAGUCACACACACUCACACUCAGUCACACACACGCUCGCACUCACACUCAGUCACACACACUCACGCUCACACUCAGUCACACACACUCACACUCACACUCAGUCACACACAUACCAUCACACACACUCACAUUCAUUCACUCACACACACUUACAUUCACACACUUACACUCACACUCAGUCACACACUAACACACACUCACACUCAGUCACACACACUCACACUCACACUCAGUCACACACAUGCUCGCACUCACACUCAGUUACACACACACUCGCACUCACACUCAGUCACAUACACACUCACACUCAGUCACACACACGCUCACACUCACACUCAGUCACACACGCUCACACUCACACUCAGUCACACACACGCUCACACUCAGUCACACACACUCACGCUCACACUCAGUCACACACACUCACACUCACACUCAGUCACACACAUACCAUCACACACACUCACAUUCAUUCACUCACACACACUUACACUCACACACUUACACUCACACUCAGUCACAUACUCAUUCACUCACACACACUUACACAUUCACACACACACUCACACUCAGUCACACCCACUCACACACUUACACACACCCACACUCAGUCACACUUACACACUCACACUCACGCCUCCACACGGGCCAGAAACCGUCCGCAGACGCCGUCCCUCUGGGUCUCUGCUACCCCCCUUCCCAGCCAGAGGUGGGCACAGCCCCCGCGGUGCCCACUGCCCCCCCCUCAGGCUCUGACUCGGUCGCUCUCUCGCCCACAGGGGACUCGUGGGGGAUGCUGGCUUGUCUGUGCACCGUGCUCUGGCACCUCCCGGCGGUUCCGGCCCUCAAUCGCACAGGGGAUCCGGGGCCCGGCCCCUCCAUCCAGAAGACCUAUGACCUCACUCGCUACCUGGAGCACCAGCUCCGCAGCCUGGCCGGCACCUAUCUGAACUACCUGGGCCCCCCCUUCAACGAGCCUGACUUCAACCCGCCCAGGCUGAGCGCCGAGGCCCUCCCCAGCGCCACGGUCAACCUGGACGUGUGGCGGAGCCUCAACGACCGCCUGCGGCUGGCUCAGAACUACCAGGCCUACAGCCACCUGCUCUGCUACCUGCGGGGCCUGGACCGCCACGCGGCCACGGCCGAGCUCCGGCGCAGCCUGGGCCACUUCUGCACCAGCCUGCAGGGCCUGCUGGGCAGCAUCGCCGGCGUCAUGGCCGCCCUGGGCUACCCGCUGCCCCCCCAGGGGGCCGAGCCCGCCUGGGCCCCCAGCCCUUCCCACAGUGACUUCCUCCAGAAGAUGGAUGACUUCUGGCUGCUGAAGGAGCUGCAGACCUGGCUCUGGCGCUCGGCCAAAGACUUCAACCGGCUCAAGAAGAAGAUGCAGUCCUCGGCGCCGGCGGUCACUCUGCGCCUGGAGGUCCCUGCUUCUGACCUCUGACCUCCGACCUCCCUUCUCCGCCUUCGCAGUGAGCUUCCCCCCCUCCUAGGGAGGAGCCCCCCCCAUUCUCACAGAAAGUGAUGCAAUAAAGGCCCCCUCAGGGAGCCAGGGGCAAGGCGGGGAGAGUGGACAGUGCUCAGGCUCCAGGCUCCCAGCAUCCCAGCCGGCUGCGGCGAUUGGCGCAGUCAGACAAGGAAAGGGGGGGCUCACUGCGCGAAGUGCCUUAUGGGGGCAAGCCUCCUGACCAUCCCUCCUCCCAUCUCCUCACCUUAAGCCACCCCACGCUUCCAAUUUGGGGAAAACGGAGUGACCCAGGGUCCAAAGCAGGAAGAGAUGAGAAUCCCCCAAAACCAAAGAAGCGGGGGGCCGAGGCGGCCCCCGGGGGUUCCCUCUCACCAAAAGCCACGGUGACGCCGAACACGGCACGGGCGGUAGCUUCGCCUCCCAGUUCUCCUUAACACGCGAGGGGCUCCCCUCUCCCUGGGGCGCCCCGCCCAGCCCCCGUGGGACAGCCAAAGUCACAGAAUUGCCUAAAAGUUUACAUUGUUGAGGACGGUAGCAUUUGGGGGAUGACAAGAGGGCGGCUCCCUUGGGCCAGCCCCCAGCCCCAUCCACUCACGACUCUCAGUUUGUUCGUAUUAAUAUUUAUUUAUUUGGAGACGUUAUUUAUUAGAUGGUAUUUAUUGCAGAAUUUCUAUUCUUGUAUUAACAAAUAAAAUGCUUUCCCCAGA